AGCCGUUGAAAAAACAACGGCGGAGAUUCGCGCGGGUGAGAGAAAAAGAGGAAUUGCCACGUCUGUCGACACGUCACAGGCAAAAAAGAAAAGAUACACUACCCUUAAUAUUAGGGCAACACGGGGUUCAUCGCUGUCGUAGGGUUUGCUGGAUUCUUUGUGGAGAGAGUUCCACUGGUGAUGCGCAACGCCUGAUCUGUGCCGGGAUUUCUAGCGCGAGCUCAGCAUGGCGUCCAGGAAGCGAACUCUCCUCAAGGCGAUCAUUCUCGGCGACAGCGGAGUCGGGAAGACAUCGCUAAUGAAUCAAUAUGUGAAUAAGAAGUUUAGCAACCAGUACAAGGCUACUAUUGGAGCCGAUUUUCUCACCAAGGAGGUUCAAGUGGAGGACAGGCUAGUGACGAUGCAGAUAUGGGACACAGCCGGUCAAGAGCGAUUCCAAAGCCUCGGUGUGGCAUUCUAUCGAGGUGCUGAUUGCUGCGUGUUGGUAUACGACGUGAAUGUGAUGAAAUCGUUCGACAACUUGGACAACUGGCGAGAAGAGUUCCUCAUCCAGGCAAGUCCCUCCGAUCCAGAGAACUUCCCUUUCAUUGUUCUCGGCAACAAGGUCGACGUAGAUGGAGGGAACAGUAGAGUGGUUUCCGAGAAGAAAGCCAAGGCCUGGUGUGCUUCCAAGGGAAACAUCCCAUACUUUGAGACGUCUGCCAAGGAAGACUACAACGUAGAGGCUGCCUUUCAAUGCAUCGCCAAAAAUGCCUUGAGGAGCGAACCGGAGGAAGACUUCUAUCUUCCGGACACGAUCGACAUUACAAACAACAAUAGACUGCCAAGAUCGUCUGGCUGUGAGUGUUGAUCUACUACUACCGCCCCUCUAUCGAUGAUAAGUGUUCUCGCCUUCAUUUCAUUUGUUCUUUCCGUUUUUUUCUUUAUUCCUCUCUCCUCGCUGGCUUUGGAUUUUUUUUUUCCUUCUUAAGGUCCCUCUUUUUGUUACGAAAUAAUUUUGCCUCCUCGAUCUUAGCUACGGCCAAUAACCUUGUACCUAGUUAGUAGCGCGCAAAUUCGUCCCUUGGUUUUGUGUUUUCUGUGCUAUCAAAUUUUCUUCGUUUCUAUAGAACUUUCCAGUUUAUGGUCUCCGUUGCGGGAUUCA